AUGUCGGCCACGCUUCUCCAAGCAGAAAUCGCCUUGCAGGAGACUCUGGCAAACUGCCUUGGCUACACGGCUCCGCGAGAGGUUCUGCGCACACGGCGCGCGUCUCAAGCCGUGCUGGCGCGCGUCGAGGAGUGCCUUCCAGGGCUUCCAACUCAGGCUCUAGACCGUGACGGUACGACCUUGCUCCAUCUAUCCGCUGGGUUGGGUAUCACAGAACUCACCCAGCGAGUCCUGGAAAGGCGAUCGGAUGUAACCAGCACCCAUCGCCAGUUUGGGACUCCGCUACAUCUAGCAGCCGAAAGAGGUCAUGAAAAUGUGGCGCGCCUGCUGUUGGAAGAGAGAGCUGACGUGGAACAGGCCUUUGCAAAGACGGCCAUAACGCCUCUACAUGUGGCAGCUGCUCGGGGGCACUUGAAUGUGCUGCUAGCCCUCGUGGAGGCCAAAGCGGAUGUCAACAAGCCCAAUUCUGCCGGAGCUUCGCCUUUGCACUGUGCGGUUGCCAAGGGGCACACUGAAGCUUGCCGAGCUCUAAUCCAGAGUACUGCAGAGCCAAAUAGUGCCUCUCAUGAUGGGAAAACUCCUCUACAUUUUGCUGCAUACCAGAGCCUGGUUGAGCCAGCAGAGCUUCUCCUCAUGGCACAUGCAUUGGUCGACCCUGUGGAUGCUGCCGGCUACACUCCGCUGAUUUUCGCUUCGCGAGAAGGGCACAUGGAGGUUGCCAAAGCCUUGCUGGAAGCGCGGGCUGAGAUGAACAUCUCAAGUUCAGACGGUGAUGCACCUCUGCAUGUGGCGGCAGAACGCGGCCAUCCAGGUGUUGUGGAACUGUUGCUAGAAGGCCAGGCUAAUGUAUCCGUAGCGAACGGAGAUGGUCUUACAGCAUUAGACAUGGCUGCUUUGGAUGGGAGGAGUGAUGUUGCAGAGCUGCUAAUUUGCAGCGGAGUAAAGAUUGAGCGCGUGGAGAAUGGAAUGCAGGAGGACGGCAGCGCGGAGCCAUACUACAAGGCAUUGCAGCGUGGCGUGGAGAACCAGGGUGUGGCGUUCGUACCUGGUUUGCAUACGCGUUGGGUCUUCCACGGCUCUAGCGCAGUGGAGUCCAUCGUCUCCAAUCCCAUUUCAGGAUUUCAGCCACUCAUGUCCGGAACUCGUGGCAAUGCCCUGUGGGGCUCUGGGACGUACUUUGCUCGUGAUGCCAAGUACGUGUAUGAUGGAGGCUUCUGCAGUCCCCAAGUGGACGGCAGCCGGCAGAUACUGCUUUGCUUGCUGAUGAAUGGCUUCGUAUGCUUGGGAGAUCCAGAGCACAAGGGCGUACUGCCCUUUCGUCAGGGUCGUCAUCGGUACAAUGCCUCAGUGGAUAGCCUGUCCAACCCUGAAAUAUUUGUCACGCAGUCGCCCGGUGCGGCAUAUCCCGCUUAUGUGAUAACGUUUUCCUAG